GCCUACGGCGGCACCUGCGCCAAGUGGGACGGCGGAUGGAGCGCACUGUCCUCGGAGUCGUCCAGCUGGUACUACUACUAUGCGAGCAACCAGGUCGGCGCCAAAUUGAUAUGCAAAUGGCCGCACUAUGCGGUGGCACCAGACACGUGUUCUGGAGGAUAUUCUACUAUUUCUGAUACGGCAGAGUGUGACACGGCUGCGUCUAGUCUCGGAUUCACACUGGGAUAUUGGGGAACGUGGAACUACGGUGGGGCUUGUGCAAAAUGGGGUGCUGGCUGGGGUCAGCACACUUGGUAUUACCAUUCUGCGAGCAACCAGGACAACGCCCAAGAGAUAUGCACUCUGGCAGCCUACCUCACUGCCGUCGGAUCGUGCCCCAUCGGGUACGCUGCAGUCACCUCCGACACGGAGUGCGACGCAGCUGGGGCUGCCCUUGGGCUCUCAGCGGGGCCCGCCGUGGCCAACGACUAUGGCGGCACGUGUGCACAGUGGGACUUCGGAUGGGGUGCAUGGGGAGGCUCUUGGUAUUGGUACUCUGCGAGCACGCAGACGGGCGCCAGACUGAUCUGCGCCGCCGUGACGGCUCCUCCCCCCACGGCCAGCCCCACUCCCAGCCCCACGCCCAGCCCCACUCCCGGCCCCACGACCAGCCCUACGCCCAGCCCCACGCCCAGCCCCACGCCCAGCCCAACGCCUGCUCCGACGCCUUACCCGACGCCCGCACCGACACCCGUCCCGACGCCCAGCCCCACGCCCAGCCCCACGCUCAACCCCACGCCCAGCCCGACACCCAGCCCCACGCCCAGCCCAACGCCUGCUCCGACGCCUUACCCGACGCCCAGCCCUACGCCCACCCCACGCCCAGCCCCACGCCCACCCGACGCCCAGCCCGACGCCUAG